AUGUCUCAAUCACAUUCAGUAACCAGUCCCUUCUGCAACGAAGCUUAUGAUAUCCGGGUAUGGCAGCCAAGCCAAUUCGGGGACGUGCCACCACUACUUCAAACGACGUUGGACUGCCGGUUUGAUGUUUUCUUCGUCCAAUUUCGUGUGCAAAAGGUGAAGCGAACGGAGAACUACGUCGGCUACAGCGAAGCACCACUGACUUUCGAAGAAGCGUCACCAGUUCUGAGAAAUUCGUUCUCUCUGACCAAACAUGAGUUGAUGUUGCAUGAUAAUGGUGCUGUCUUGUGUUCUUUGUUUCGCGGCCUCAACAUCCCAGAGGAAUUUCACAGUACCGUGUUACGACUAAUAGCAACUAUUGCAUUAUCUGCCGGGACUUCAAGGAUGCCAAUUUUUGUGGACUUGUUGAACACGUUCACGGUAAAGAGGGUGAUGGUGAUGCCUCAGUACUCAUCUCAUGUGGAUGAGGAGCUUGAUACAGUAAUUUUGGAGUCCAUGGAGAAUUAUGAGCCUAAACCCACUCCGGCGACUAAGUCUUCUGUUCGGGCUUUGGAGAAGUUUAGAUUUCAACAAGGAUCAAGCUCGGUUCAAGAAUGUAGCAUCUGCUUGGAAGAGUUUCCGAACGGUUCCAAAGUCACUCGCAUGCCGUGUUCACAUGUUUAUCACGGAAAAUGUAUCGUCAAGUGGUUGAAGACGAGUCACUCCUGUCCCUUGUGCCGAUACCCAAUGCCCACAUGA